GGAUUUGAAACCGGAAAAUUUGUUAUAUUAUGAUCAAACGGAAGAUUCUAAGAUAAUGAUUUCUGAUUUUGGUCUUUCAAAAAUUGAAGAAUCGGGUGUUAUGGCUACAGCAUGUGGUACACCAGGUUAUGUUGCACCUGAAGUAUUGCAACAGAAACCAUACGGUAAAGCUGUUGAUAUUUGGUCCAUUGGUGUUAUAACAUAUAUUCUUCUAUGCGGUUAUCCACCAUUUUAUGAUGAAAAUGAUGCGAAUUUAUUUGGUCAAAUAAUUCGAGGUGAAUAUGAAUUUGAUUCACCAUAUUGGGAUGAAAUUUCUGAAUCAGCAAAAGAUUUUAUAUCACAUUUGAUGUGUUGUGAUCCGGAACAACGAUAUACCUGUCAUCAAGCAUUAGCACAUCCAUGGAUCAGUGGUGAUACAGCUGGCACAAAAGAUAUUCAUUGUUUGGUGGCAUCACAUUUGAAGAUAAACUUAGCGAAACGAAAUUGGAAGAAAGCAUUCAAUGCGACAACUGUAAUUCGUCAGCUUCAAAUGCUUCGAUUAUCAUCAAUUUCACAAGCAGCAUCCACGUCAACCAGUAAAUAA